CGCCCUCGGACCUCAUCCACUCCACUCCGCCCGACCUCGCGCAGAGACGGUUGGCUUGUCGCGAUGUCCCGGCCGGUGCUCGAGCGGGGCCUUGCGCUGCUGUUGCGCGCCGUCUCGAACCUUCUGCUCGCCUUCCUCUCGCUCGUGCAGUCCUUCGGCUCCCGGGAUCUGCGUUCGGUGCCGCCGGCCGUUCAGCCUCUCCUGCUGCUGCCCGGCGUCGAGCUGGCCCGCAGGAUCCGCCAACGACAGGUCAAGUGCGUGGAUGUAAUACAAGAAUAUAUCAACAGAAUCAGGGACAUCAAUCCAAUAGUUAAUGCUGUUGUAGCAGAGAGGUUUGCGUCUGCCUUGAAGGAGGCCCAGCAGGUGGAUGACAGGAUUGCUAAAGGGAAUGAAGAUGAGAAGUUGCUAGAAGAGACUGUUCCUUACCUCGGUGUUCCUUUCACGGUAAAAGAAGCAAUUGCAUUAGAAGGUUCACCCAAUUCAUCCGGCCUUGUAAGCCGUAAGAAUGUGAUUGCCCUAACGGACGCUGCUGUUGUGACUAACCUCCGAAAAGCUGGUGCCAUCCCAUUAGGUGUAACAAACUGCAGUGAACUCUGUAUGUGGUAUGAAUCCAGCAACAAUGUAUAUGGAACAACUAGAAACCCAUACAACGUGGAUCACAUUCCAGGUGGAAGUUCAGGAGGUGAGGGAUGCAUUAUUGCUGCAGCUGGAUCAGUAAUGGGGGUGGGUUCUGACAUUGGUGGGAGCAUUCGAAUGCCUGCCUUCUUCAAUGGAAUUUAUGGACACAAGCCUACAACAGGUUUGGUACCUAAUGAUGGUCAGUUUCCAAAUGCAACGGGUCUGAAAGCUGAGCUUCUGUGUACUGGUCCUAUGUGCCGUUAUGCUGCUGAUCUCAUUCCAAUGUUCAAAGUUAUGGCUGGUCCAAAUAUCUCCAAGUUGAAACUUGAUGAAGAGGUUUUUAUAAAAAAAAUGAAAUUCUAUUCCAUGGAACAUGAUGGAGGAUCUCCAUUCCUGUCCAAAGUAGACAAAGAGCUGAUUCAUACUCAGAGAAGGCUAACUGAAUAUCUUGAAGUGCAGUUUGGUGUUCAGGUACAGCAGGUUCAGAUCCGCAAGAUGAAGUAUGCUUUCCAGAUUUGGUCAGCCAUGAUGACCAACUCAGAGACUGAGGGCAAGGAAUUCAAGACUUUCAAAGAUUUGAUGUCAGAUGGUGGGAAGGAGAUGAAGCCAUGGUGGGAGCUAGUGAAGAAGGCUCUGGGGAUAUCACCACACACAUUUCCUGCAAUAGGUCUUGGAAUUGUGGAAGAUUUGACCAAGGUGGAUCACCAUAGUAAUGUUAAGCUGAUGAACAUGUGUCACAACCUUCAGGCUGAGCUGUCCAGUCUACUUGGAGAUGAUGGUGUGUUUUUAUAUCCAUCCCAUCCAAAAAUUGCACCUAGGCACCACCAUCCCAAAUUUAUGCCCUUCAACUUUGCAUACACAGCAAUUUUUAAUGUGCUUGGACUGCCAGUGACCCAAUGUCCCCUUGGCUUAAGCAAAGAUGGACUGCCUCUUGGAAUUCAGCUUGUGGCUAACCACCAUAAUGACCACCUCUGUUUGCAUGUGGCUCAGCAUUUGGAGACCGCCUUUGGUGGAUGGCGAAAUCCAGGAGCAUCCUAAAUAAAUCUCAAAUUAUACUUCAUUCUGCUUCAAAGAUUAUAGGAUUUUUAAAAAACUUAAUGAUACAGCUGAAAUUUAUGUACAGAUGUUUAAUAUCAAGUUAGAAGAUUUAUUCCUUUAAAGAAACAUUCUCACUUAAACAUGUGAAACAAUCCUGUAACAAUAUAAAAGUGAAACAGUUUUGAAAGAUAGGACUGUUAUUUGUAGCUAUGUUUUUCUCAUUAGCUGUUUGUUGACACUUAUGAACACCGGGUCUCUACGCUGCAUGGAAUAAUCCUUACUAUCAUUGGUGUAGAAUUAUGUUUGUUGUUAUUUGUGCUGUGAAUAAUUUGCCAUAUAACUUUGAUCAUUCUUGUUGCUUUUAACAGAACUUUACUUCUGAGAGAAUAUGUAACUCUAGAGUUCACUUCCAAACUCCAGAUUCUUGACAGUUUUGUAUACCUCUGCAUAUUCAAAUUAUUUGUGCUGAUCUGUAAUUUAAAGAAGCACUUAUUUGACCACCAACUUGUAUAUUCAUUUUCAAGUUGGCCCUUUACUUAUUUGUCCUCUUUGCAGUUUCGUAGAACUAAGUUUAUUCUGUUUCUCUUUGUAGCUCUGCUAUUGUAAAAUUUGAGUGCGAUGUUAUAUCUUAAAAUAAAUUUAGUACAGAGGGACUAUUAUAAAUAAAAUUGUGCAAAUUAUUAAAUACAUAGAAAUCUAAGAAUGAACAGUUAUGGAUUCACAAUGGCAUUGCGGUGUUAAUUUUGUUUACUGUAUCGUUUUGAAACGUAAAUUUUAAUGUGUUUGUUCUAACACUCAGAUUAUAUAAACUUGUAAGCAGUAAAGCUACUCUAAAUGAUGUGGUUAGAGUUGUUUCCACAUCCUUGCUUUGAAACCGCGGUUAAUCAUAACCUAGUCUUGCAUGACUACAUUAAGCCAUUUUUCUAGAAAUUCAACAAGCAGUGUUACUAAUAAACUUUGCUUAUUCUAUUAUAUUUUCAAGCCUUCCCAUUCUUCAAUUACAGAAGUCAGUAGGUUGUCACUAGUUUUCUGUAACUUGUGCACUUUCCCUUCACAACGUUACAUGUAUUGCUCAAUGAAAGAGUAUGGUUGAAACCUCCAAAGAUAUCCAUAUUGCCUUAUCUAUGUUGUGAAAUUGCAUUCAAUUCUACCCAUCACUUAAGAUUCUGCUCUAAGUUCGAAACAAAAUCAGCUAGAACUUGUUAAACUAGGACCCUUGGAGUGCCGUUGAAGGUUAAGGGAAAUAUAAGUUGUCCUCACUGAUACUAAAUGCAAUAUCUUCCAGGUUUUUCAGUGACAUAUCUAACUGUUAUGUGUUGUUUUUUCUUUUGACUGAGCUCUAUUGUUAAAGAACCAUAUGUACACAGAACAAAACAAAUGAUAUGAGAAUGGAUGCAAAUGAAAUGAUGCAUUUGAGUUUGGUGUUGUUCAAAUAUCAAUCUUUGUGAAUGUUUAAUUGCAAUUUACGUCUGCCCGUGUGUUUUGGACCAUGCAAAUGACCGUGUACAUCAUACGUGCUUGUUGAAUUAAAUUACUUGAAUCUUU